GUCCCUUAGACUGUAUGGGUUUAUCUCAGGCUGCUCUCAGCUCCAUGUCACAGCCACAGCUCACAGCUCACAGUCAGCAUGUUUUCAUGUUGGAGAAACUUUAAUAUAAGUCGCAGAGUUACUUCCGGUGCAGCGGACUUGUUCUCUCUGCGGACACGUCAAACUGCGUGUGUGUGCAGCGACAGACGAGCUGUGUGCAUUAAUCCCAACAGACUGAGUUCAGGGAAACGGUACAAUGUGCCACCGAGCGCAGAGUUUGUCGCCAGGGUGUCGGGGAUCCCCACCAUGGCCAAGUUACCUUUCCAGGACACAGCCGAGGGGCUCGAUGCGGCGUUUGUCGGAGUACCGAUUGAUACCGGGACCUCCAACCGACCCGGAGCAAGGUUUGGUCCGAGGCAGAUCAGGGUAGAAUCUGCCAUGCUGAGAUCUUAUAACAGCGGCACCAGGGCGGCCCCUUAUGAGUCCCUCAUGGUGGCUGAUAUCGGGGACGUCAAUGUGAAUGUGUAUGACCUGAAAGACACCUGCAAACGCAUCAGAGAGGCCUACAGGAAGAUCCUGGCUACUGGCUGUAUUCCUCUGACUAUGGGUGGCGAUCACACUAUUGCAUAUCCCAUCCUGCAAGCUGUUGCUGAGAAGUAUGGCCCAGUGGGUCUGGUCCAUGUGGAUGCUCAUGCUGACACCAGUGAUGUGGUCCUGGGGGAGAAGAUUGGACAUGGGACUCCGUUCAGACGCUGUGUGGAGGAGGGGCUGCUGGACUGCAAGAGAGUGGUUCAGAUCGGCCUGCGUGGUACAGGCUACUCUGCAGAUUCAUACGAGUGGAGCCGGGCGCAGGGUUUCCGUGUGGUACAAGCGGAGGAGUGUUGGUUCAAAUCUCUCGCUCCUCUGAUGGCUGAGGUCCGAGCUCAGAUGGGAAAAGGUCCAGUGUAUUUCAGCUUCGACAUCGAUGCUCUUGACCCGGGUUUCGCACCUGGAACAGGCACACCAGAGAUAGCAGGCCUCACUCCUAUACAGGGAGUUGAGAUUAUUCGAGGCUGCCGUGGUCUGAACCUUGUUGGAUGUGAUCUGGUGGAGGUUUCUCCACCCUACGACACCACAGGGAACACUGCACUGACUGGUGCCAACCUCCUUUUUGAAAUGUUGUGCGUCCUCCCAAAAAUUAAAUACUACUGAUCAGUACAGACCACACAGAGCAGAAUACAACAGGUAGUUUGUUAAUAAUGAAUGUAGACGCCACAUGAGCCUCUUCUACAAUUUAAACAUAUUACAUUUUAUUUCAGCUGUUAAGAACAUAAAUCCACUAUUGACGAUAAGUUGAAACACUCGACUGUAGCAGACAUCACGUGCGCUAACUUGUAAAAAGAUUUUUGAUAAAUCCAUGUAUAAUAUUCUUCUGAUCUUUUAAGUUGCCUUUUAAUAAAUGAUCUCAGGUCCUGUACUGUAGAUGACAUGAUUAUCUCAUGUACAACCCAAAGUGCCAAAAAAUACAGUGUUAAUGACAUUUUUACACUUCAUGUUGACAAAUCAGUGAAUAAAUCAAGCACAUACGAAGUUUCA